CAUAUAAAGGAGCCAGUGGCAGGAACCAGGUCUGCAAUCCGAGCUGCCGAUUACAUGGAAACCACCCUGAGCCUCCUGAAGAAGAAGUUGCAUCACAUGGUGAAAGGAGAGUUUAAUAUCACAGAUGUACUAAGUAGGAAGCAGAAGGAAAUUAUUUCCAAGGCAACUGGUUGUGACUAUCAGAUUCGUUCCAUUAAGUGCCCAACGAGUAGCAUUUACCGGACCAUUACUGGAGAAUGCAACAACAGGAAACAUCCCUAUUUUGGAACUUCCAAUCACGGAUAUGCCCGCUGGCUCCCGGCAGAGUAUGAGGAUGGAGUGUCUCUUCCCAGAGGAUUUACUGAAGGAAAACUUUACAAUGGAUUUCCGCUCCCACUGGUUCGAAAAGUGUCAAAUGAAAUAAUUCACACAGCCAAUGAGAAUGUCACCCAGGACCAGCAGCGCUCUGUCAUCUUCGUGCAUUGGGGUCAGUGGGUUGACCACGACUUGGACUUGGCCCCUUUUACUGUCACAAAGAUCACCAAUAAAGAAGUUCAGUGCGAGACCAGUUGCACCUCUGAGCUACCCUGCUUCCCAAUUAAGUUUCCCCCUGAUGAUCCACGAAUUAAGGACCCAAAUACUUGUAUGCCAUUCGUCCGUACAGCUCCAGUGUGCAAUGCCAAAACAUUUAUACAUGAGCAGAUCAAUUCGAUCACCUCAUUCAUGGAUGCCAGCAUGGUGUACGGCAGUGAAGUACCUUUAGCUAAGAGUCUUAGGAAUCAGACAAAUCAGCUGGGUUUGAUGGCGCUGAACCAGAACUUCACUGAUGCAGGGCUGGGGUUACUGCCCUUUGAGAACAAUUCCCAAAGCCCCUGUUUAUUCACAAACAAGACCAUGAAUAUCCCCUGUUUUAAAGGAGGUGAUGCACGAGCAGCUGAAAAUCUGGGACUUACAGCUCUACACACGCUCUUUGUGCGGGAGCACAAUCGCUUGGCUACCGAGUUGAAGAAAUUAAAUCCACAAUGGGAUGGAGAGAAACUCUACCAGGAGGCCCGAAAAAUCAUAGGUGCCAUGACCCAGGUAAUAACAUACAGAGACUACUUGCCACUUCUGCUUGGAGAUGAGACUGAGAAGCAAAUACCAUGCUACAGGGGCUAUGAUGAGUCUGUGGAUCCCUCCGUGGCAAAUGUAUUCUCCUUGGCUUUUCGGUUUGGUCAUGGUGCAGUACAGCCUUUUGUGACCCGUUUAGAUGAUAAUUUCGAACCUUUGGGUCCACAUUUCCGGGUCCCUCUUCACCUCACAUUCAGUGCUUCCUGGAGGGUUGUAAUGGAAGGUGGCAUUGACCCGCUUCUCCGUGGUAUGCUGGUUGUCCGUGCGAAACUAAUGAAACAGAAUCAAAUGGUGGUUGAGGAGCUCCAGGAGCGGCUUUUUGAACAGCUACAAGUAAUUGGACUAGAUCUACCAGCCUUUAACCUGCAGCGUGGAAGAGAUCACGGUCUUCCAGGGUAUAAUGCCUGGAGGCAAUUCUGUGGGCUCUCACAGCCUCGCAACUUCGCUGAACUCUCUAAAGUACUGAGAAAUCCUGAGCUGGCCAGGAAGUUCAUGAACCUGUACGGGACACCAGACAAUAUCGACAUCUGGAUUGGGGCACUCGCAGAGCCGUUUGUUCCCAAUGGCAGAGUGGGACCUCUCCUGUCUUGCAUCAUUGGAUCUCAGUUCAGGAAAUUGCGAGAUGGGGACAGAUUCUGGUGGGAGAAUCCCGGAGUUUUCACUCCACAGCAGCGCCGUGCCCUGAGCAGAAGUUCAUUGUCACGGGUUCUCUGUGAUAACACUCGCAUUAGAGAGGUGCCCAGAGAUGCGUUCAAGGUCAACCACUAUCCUGAGGACUUCGUGAACUGCGGAGUAAUUGACAGUAUUGACUUGUCACCUUGGAGACAACGCAGUAACUAUGGAGUGGCAGGUACAGAAUAGACCUUGUGCCCAGAGAAACACACACAACUGGGCCCACAUGGAGGCUUCUCCUCCCCAGCAUUCCCUGGCCUUUCCUCCCCAGAUCAACCCCAAUCCCCCAAAAAA